CACAGAAUCUAGUUAGGUGAGCAUCUUGCUGUCAUCUACACUUAUUAUUGAAGAUUUGCCAUUUGUUAAAAUCUGCAAAAUGCAAAAAAUGGCUGAAUUCAAAAAAUCUGCAAAGAUAACCCACUCAUUGAAUGUACUUACAUCAUUCAAUGAACUAAAACAAUCUGACUGCAUUUGUAACUUCACAAUCAAAGUUGGUGACAAAUCUUUCAAAGUCCAUCGAGACCUGCUUGGUGCAGUAUCAAAGUACUUCAAAGGCAUGUUUUCAAGUAACAUGGUUGAGGCUCGGAAUGGUUUUGUCAUUAUGAAAGACAUCUGUGCUGAUGCUGUAGGGCAGUGUGUAGAUUUCAUGUAUACUGGUGAAGCAAAUCCAUCCAUGGAAUCUGUUGAGAAUACUUUGUAUGCUUCUCACUUAAUGCAGCUUGAUGUAUUAUCAGGUAUAUGCUUCAAUUUCAUGGAAACUAAUCUGUCAGUGCAGCAUUGUCUUCUAGCGGUCAGGUUGGCAAGAUUUUAUGACCAUACUGAGUUACAAACCAUUGCUGAGCAAUUCAUUGUGGAUAAUUUUCAGUCUCUGAUUUUGGGUGAAGAAUUUCUACAUCUGAGCAAAGAAGAACUCGUAUUUUAUCUGCAAAAGUUGGAUAAAAAGCAUGAAGUAGUUUGGAAUUCUGUAAGAAAAUGGAUUUCAAACAACAGUGAAAACAUUGGAUCAGAAUUAAUGGAGACUUUGCAUUUUGAAGAAUUUUCUUAUAACUUUUUGCUUACCAAUCUGCUAAACGAUCCUUUGGUAGAACGUUCUCCAGAUGCAAAAAGUUUUAUCAUCAAAAUAUUGCUUUCGAACAUUGAUGGGUUGAAAGAAAAUUUGUCUCUGGACAAUUUAUUUAUUUUGAGAAAGAUUAAUCGGAUCGAAAACAAGGUUUGCUCAGAGAGUGUUAGAAAAAUAUUGAAAGAAUUCGUGGCUCAAAAUUUUGAACAGCUUGUACCGAUGAAUGAAUUUAUCGAGUUGGAAAAAGAUGAAAUUUUUUUUCUGUUCAAAUCUAGGGAAACGAAAUAUUCUUCGGAGAAAAUCAAAUGGGAAGCUGCACUGAAAUGGACCAAACAAAGUCGUCGUCAUCAGAAAUAUUUUCCUGAUUUGUUCGAGCUGAUAAAACUUCAGGAUAUUUCUGAGGAUUUUAUUCGAAAAACAGUCAGAAAUGAACCGUUAGUUAAAGAGUCGCAUAAGUGCAAAGAUUUAUUGCUUGAUAUACUUUGCGCUCAGGAGAGAAAACUUGUACCACAUAUUGCUGUUUCAACAAAGACUGGCAUAAAGGCUCUGAAUCUCCAAACAAAUCAAUGGUCUAAUUUGCAGUCGGAUUAUAAUGUUGGCAUUUAUCUUGUCAAUGUUGAGGGACGAUUGUAUGCUUCAGAUGGGAAUGAAUUGUCUUUGCUACAAGAUGGUCGAUGGAUUAAGAAGAACAAAAUUGAGAGGAAGAGUGAUGCAUCAGAUAAGAUGAUUUAUCUCAAGGGUGGGAUUUAUAUUAUCAAUUAUGCUCAGCGUACAGUGCGAUAUGACAUUGCCAAAGACAGAUGGGAUAAGAAUUUGCCUUCAUGUCCUCUUGAUUAUGGGUUUUGUGCUGCUGCCUCUGAUGGGUUUAUAUAUGCGAUAGGGAGUUUGUCAACAUGGAGUGAAGCAAAAGUAUACGAUCCUGGAACAAAGAAAUGGUCUUCCCUACCAGAGAUGAUUCAUGAAACAUAUUGUAGUGCAGCAGUUGUUUUUAAAAGUAUGGUCUAUGUACUGGGAAGUUGGGUGGGACUGAGCCAUCAUAACAAUGUUCAAUGUUAUAAUCCUGUUGUUGGCUCAUGGACGGAAAUUACAAAAAUGAAGAUGAAGAGAGAAUGUUUUAGUGCCUGUGUUGUGGAUAAUAAAAUGUAUGCAGUCGGUGGUGCUAAAGGUGAAGGCCUGACUAAGGAUUCUAUUGAAACAUUCAAUGAAGAAACUGGUGAAUGGGAAAUAGUCUGUGAAAUGAAUUGGCCCGAGGUUGAGUGGGUUCAUUGCUGUAGCUUUUUUCGAUAGAUGUGAAAUCAUUAGUAAAAGUUGAAAAUAAUCACUACAUUAACAUUUGUAUUAGGGCAUUGGUGUAUAUUCAAGUUCAAUGAACCUUCCCAGAUAGAUGUCUGACAAUACUAGUUGUAUCAUUCACUUUUAUUUCCCAUUCCAUCUUUCUAUAUUUGAUGUUUUAAAUUGCUACAAAUAUUUAGAUUCCCAUUGACUUCCUCAAUCUCCAUUUACUAUAAAUUGUGGAUACAAAGUUUUCCUUAUUUACAAUUCCCAAAAAACUUCAGUAUCAGACAUAUUUGCGACUUGGCUCACUUACUAUCAAUCAAUUUAAUUGCUAUUAAAAGUGCAAAUGUGAUUUGAAAGAAUCUCCUAAUGUCAUGUGUCAACAGUCAACUGAGUUUUAAAUUGUCAAAGUCCUACUUGACAAAAAGUACUACUGUGUUCCAGCUCUACUUAUUAAUCCCCAGUUCAGUAAGCGCAUGAUGGAAUGCAUCGACUGAAUAAAUGAACUUCUAGGAACAUAUCAUGUCAUUAGGUCAUUGGCAUUGAUAUGACUGUAACAAAUUCGUCCUGAACAAGAUGUUGGUUUUUUCUUUCUUAUUAAGUUUGCAUUGGAUAUAUUUGGCUACUAAUAUGGAAUACUAAAUAUGGUUUUCGUGGAAUAUUUUAAUAAUAUUUAUAUUUCGUUUAUUAUACUGUUCAGUUUCAUGUUAUCUCCAUAUGCCUUUGCCCUAUUUUUGAUGUCAUAGUUCAUCCAAUUCUGUAUUUUGUGAGAAAGAACGAUGAAAAGUUUUCCUCAGGCUAAAAAUAAGCACCUGUUGGAGGAUGCUUUUGUGAGUUACUUUUUUAAAUGCUAAUUUCAGUUUUUCCUAUAUUUAGCUGUUAUAUAAUUGAUGUUUUCUUUUUUUCUGAUUUGUUUUUAUUGGACACUGUUAGGGCAAACUGUGCAUUUUCUUAACCAAAUAUUUACCCUUCGUAAAAAUCCCCCAAGUUUGAUUGAACUGUUUUUGUAGCUAUCUUCACAUACAGGGUGAUAAAAAAAAUUACGCAAAAUUAAGGUAUAAUUUUUUGUGAUGGCAACGUUAAAAAGCGUCAGUCGUGAAAUAAAUAAAUGUCAUAAAAAGUGUUAAUCGUCAAAUGUUUUAAGUAGCAUUCCAUCUUAACUUCUGUUAAUUAUGCGUUACUUUUUUAAAACCCUGUAUUUUAUAGCUUUUAUUUUACACUGUAUACUGAAAUAGCAAGUUGUGCAUACUCCUGGAUAUUCUGAUUUUCUUCCCCAUUCAUUUUGAUCUCUGCACUUGAUACUUUGAAAUAAAUUUUUAUAUUAUCAUUUCUCGGAAUACUCAAAAACACUUUAAGAUUGAAUUUCUAUUCUUUGCACUUCAAAAAUGUAUUUUUAUCACUAAGUAGCUUUUUAUUUAUUUUGGUGGCAGAACAACUAAUUUGAUUGUGUGAAUUUGUUAUCGAAUGUAAAUAUAAUUAUUAUUUUUUCAGUGAUAUAGAAUAAAACUAUAACUGAGUUGCCAGUAAUCUGUCUACAAAGACAGAACUGGUUGAAGUCUUGUGUAUUGAAGAAGAAUUGACAAUUCAGUCUCCCACACUCAAAUUUGUUUGAAACGAUGUCUCAAAACCCUGAUUCUGGACAUGUAAGCUUAUAAUAUGAACAAACACGUGCACAAUCUUCAACGAAUUUCAACCCACUCACCAGUUAGGUACAUGCUCACAAAAAUAAACUUCCUCAACCCAUGUGAAGCCAAAGACAGUACACAUAUCAUUUUUGAAUAAACUUGAACCGUUGAAGUUAUAUUUCUCAGAUUACAUAUUCUCGACUUGCAAAUGGUCAAUAUAUGAUGUUAUCGAGUUAUGCAGAAUUCCUGUUGCACAGAAAUUUGUAAUUGUUCUCCCAGGACAAGUAUUUUCUCAGCCAAUGACACGAGGCCACACUACCAUUAUACACCAACACCGGGACAUACAGCUUCACAAUCACGAUGUCUCAACAUGUCCUCCGAUCCACGAACCCAACUGCAUACCCUAAAGCAGGGGUGUGCAACCUUUAAUACACGAUUUUCAUCGUUAGAAUAUGAAAUUCUGACUCUGUGAAGUUUGGAAAUACGACUUGACACCUCAGUUUCAUAUGUAUAGAUAAAUAUAUUAGCUUAGCAUGUAUACGAUACUGCUACUUGCUUUUAUUGCAAUCAUCUCGCCUCAUUAUGUCAUAUUUACCUUUACAAGUUCUACGAUCUAUUCUUUGCA